AUGGGUUGUUUUAUGGCAUGUUUUGGUUUAUCCAACAAAAGAAAGCGUAGAAAGACUCUCUACAAAGUCCUAGCUGGACACCAAAAAUAUGGAAAUUAUGAAAUUCUUGCCAUAACAGAAAAGUCCAUUAUCCCCUAUUCUGAUUUCAGAGGCAGAGAUGAACCUAAGGAGCAGAAUGGUGUCAAAAGCAAGAAGAAGAAGAAGGUUACUUUUAAUUUGAAUGUAGAGGUAUAUGAGCCAAACCCCACUGCUUAUCAAGUAUUGAAAUAUGAGGAAGAAGAAAAUAUGGACAACACUGCAGACGCAGAAGGAUCUGCAGCCUUGACAAUGAGAUACCCUUUAAAUCACAGAUACUAUAACUGCAAAGAUGGCUAUGAUGAGGAGGAUGAAAUAGCAUAUGAGGAAUCUGACAUGGAUGGCUAUGAUGAUGACAAUGAAUUUGAUGAUGGGUAUGAUUGGGAUAGUGAUGAAAGUUUAGAGAAUGAUGAGGAUAAGGUAUAUGAUGAAAACACUAAACAGAGAGUGUUGACAGAAUCAUGCUUUCCUUCUGUGGCAGAAGAUAGGAUAAAGAAUCAGAAGCCACUUGCUCCAAAUGAUGCUGAGGUGAAAUCCAAUUUAAGUGGACGAGACAGAGGCUUAGACAUGCAUUCUGUUCUGAGCCCUGUAGAGAACCUCACACAGUGGAAAGCAAUCAAAGCAAAAGUUAUAUCAAACAAGCACAGGAGGAAGGAGAAUGUUCCAUCAGAGCAAAAUACAAGCAUGCAUUUCUCACCUUGCAGCUUAGAAUCAAAUGCCCUUCAGUCCAAGCCCCUAUUGCCAGAAAUGGCAGUUGACGCUAGUCUUUCAAACUGGUUGGUUUCUCCAAGUUAUAGUGUCUCCACGACCACAAUUCAUUGUCAAUGA